AAAAAAAGCGCAGGCUAACUAAAAUGCGCCGGUGAUUGUCCAAAGCCAGUCUUACCCUUUCUCUAACCACAAUAUCAACCUCUCCUCUCUUUUCUCUUAUAAAUUGAUCAAAACCAGAACCCCCAAAAAAAGGCCAAACAAACACCGCUCAAUGAAGCAUUCUUCAUCGGAGGCCGUGCCGUCGUCGCCGUUAUCCACCUCCUCCUCCGCCGCCACAUCGAUAACCUGCCAGUCACCUCCGGCGACAUCAGUUUCCACCUCCUCCUCCUCAUCAUCAUCAAUUACACAGCCGGAAGACCUAGCGGUGGGGUCGACAAGAGAUGGAAGUAACGGAGCACAAGAAACGGUAACCGUCGAUCGCAAAGGCGAAUACGCCGCCGUUUGCAAAUGGACAGUUAAUAAUUUCCCGAAAAUAAAAGCGAGAGCACUGUGGAGUAAGUAUUUCGAGGUAGGCGGUUACGAUUGCCGUUUGUUAAUUUACCCUAAAGGUGACUCACAGGCUUUACCUGGCUAUAUCUCUAUAUAUUUACAAAUCAUGGACCCGCGCGGUACUUCUUCUUCGAAAUGGGACUGUUUCGCUAGCUAUCGGUUGUCUAUUGUUAACCUAAUUGAUGAUUCCAAAACUAUUCACCGCGAUUCGUGGCAUCGGUUUUCGAGUAAAAAGAAAUCACACGGUUGGUGUGAUUUUACUCCUUCCACUACUAUUUUCGAUUCGAAAUUAGGUUAUUUAUCGACUACUAAUAGCAUUGAUUCUGUUCUUAUUACUGCCGAUAUCUUGAUACUUCACGAGUCUGUUAGUUUUAUACGCGAUAAUAACAGUAGUAAUAACAGUAAUAACAACAGUAAUAAUAAUAGUGAAUUGCAAUCUGCAUUGAGUUCGUCCUCUGUUAUUUCGUCUCCAGUUGUUGCUGGUCCUGUAUCUGAUGUGUUGAGCGGGAAGUUCACUUGGAAAGUGCAUAAUUUUAGUUUGUUUAAGGAGAUGAUUAAGACGCAGAAGAUUAUGAGUCCGGUUUUCCCAGCUGGCGAGUGUAAUUUGAGGAUUAGUGUUUAUCAGAGUUCUGUUAAUGGGCAUGAUUACUUGUCUAUGUGUUUGGAGAGUAAGGAUACUGAGAAGACGGUUGCUUCUGAUAGGAGUUGUUGGUGUUUGUUUAGAAUGUCGGUUCUAAAUCAAAAGCCUGGUUCUAAUCAUAUGCAUAGGGAUAGUUAUGGAAGGUUCGCUGCUGAUAAUAAGACUGGGGAUAAUACGAGUUUGGGGUGGAAUGAUUUUAUGAAGAUGUGUGAUUUUGUUGGGACAGAAUCAGGGUUUUUGGUGGACGAUACUGCUGUUUUCAGUACUUCAUUUCAUGUGAUUAAAGAGUUUAGUAGCUUCUCGAAGAAUGGGGGAUUAAUUGGAGGGAGGAGUGGGAGCGGAGUAAGGAAAUCUGAUGGACAUAUGGGGAAAUUUACUUGGAGGAUUGAAAAUUUUACAAGAUUGAAAGAUAUUUUGAAGAAGCGGAAGAUUACAGGUCUUUGCAUCAAGAGCAGGCGGUUUCAGAUUGGGAAUAGGGAUUGCCGUCUCAUUGUUUAUCCCCGAGGGCAGUCUCAGCCACCAUGCCACCUUUCAGUUUUUCUUGAAGUUACAGACUCACGAAAUACAUCUAGUGAUUGGAGCUGUUUCGUGAGCCAUCGCCUUUCAGUGGUGAACCAAAGGACGGAGGAAAAGUCUGUGACAAAGGAAUCUCAAAAUCGAUAUUCCAAAGCUGCAAAAGAUUGGGGUUGGCGUGAAUUUGUAACUCUUACUAGCCUAUUUGAUCAGGAUUCUGGGUUUCUAGUUCAGGAUACUGUUGUAUUCUCUGCUGAGGUUCUCAUUUUAAAAGAGACAUCAGUGAUGCAUGAUUUUACUGAGCAGGAUGCUGAGGGGACAGUUCCUGGGAACCAGAUUGAUAGGGCUGGAAAAAGAAGUUCAUUUACAUGGAAAGUGGAAAACUUCUUGUCUUUCAAAGAGAUUAUGGAAACCCGGAAAAUCUUCAGCAAGUUCUUUCAAGCUGGGGGAUGUGAGCUUCGGAUUGGUGUGUAUGAAUCCUUUGACACCAUAUGUAUUUAUCUAGAGAGUGAUCAGUCAGCUGGCACUGAUCCAGAUAAAAACUUUUGGGUCAGAUAUAGGAUGGCUGUGGUUAAUCAAAAGAAUCCAGCCAAAACUGUGUGGAAGGAGUCUUCUAUUUGUACGAAGACAUGGAAUAACUCUGUCCUGCAAUUUAUGAAGGUUUCAGACAUGCUGGAAGCAGAUGCGGGUUUCCUUGUGCGUGAUACUGUUGUUUUUGUUUGUGAAAUACUGGACUGCUGUCCUUGGUUUGAUUUUGCAGAUCUAGAGGUUUUUGCCUCUGAGGAUGAUCAGGAACUAACAACUGAUCCUGAUGAACUUAUUGAUUCUGAAGACAGUGAAGGAAUAAGUGGAGAUGAAGAAGAUAUUUUUAGAAAUCUUCUUUCUAGAGCGGGGUUCCACCUCACUUAUGGAGAUAAUCCUUCACAACCACAGGUUACACUAAGAGAAAAGCUUCUAAUGGAUGCUGGGGCAAUUGCUGGUUUUCUGACUGGAUUACGUGUGUAUCUGGAUGAUCCUGCUAAAGUAAAGCGAUUACUUCUUCCAACAAAAAUUUCUGGUAGCAAUGAUGGAAAGAAGAGCACAAAAGCUGAUGAAUCUUCCCCCAGCUUGAUGAAUUUGUUGAUGGGAGUUAAGGUUUUGCAACAAGCAAUUAUAGAUUUACUUUUGGACAUUAUGGUUGAAUGCUGUCAACCUUCCGAAGGAAGCUGCAAUGACGAUUCAUCUGAUGUAAACUCAAAGCAUUCUGUUGAUGGCAGCGGUGCCACCAGCCCAUUGGAAUCUGAUAGAGAAAGUGGAGCAACAGAAUCUGCUCAAUUUCCUGUAUAUGAGAGAUUGGAUUCUAGUGUAGAUGAUACUACAAGUGCCUCUGCUGUACAAAGCUCUGAUGCAAAUGGCAUUGAUGUGCAUAGGAAGGCUCUUCCUGGACAGCCUAUAUCUCCACCAAUAACAACAGCUGGAGGUUCUUUGGAAAAUGCUUCUCUUCGGUCUAAGACCAAGUGGCCAGAACAAUCAGAGGAGCUCUUAGGAUUGAUUGUGAACUCACUGAGAGCCCUUGAUGGAGCCGUUCCACCAGGCUGUCCAGAGCCAAAACGAAGGCCUCAAUCUGCACAGAAGAUUGCUCUUGUAUUGGAUAAAGCUCCUAAACAUCUGCAGCCAGAUCUCGUAGCGUUAGUUCCCAAGUUGGUUGAACAUUCAGAGCAUCCACUUGCAGCUUGUGCACUUCUUGAAAGACUCCAACAGGCUAAUGCAGAACCUGCACUAAGGAUACCUGUUUUUGGUGCUCUUAGCCAAUUGGAAUGUGGCAGUGAUGUUUGGGAACGCAUUCUCUUUCAAGCUUUCGAGCUUAUGUCCGACUCAAAUGAUGAACCCCUUGUUGCAACCAUAGAUUUUAUAUUCAAAGCUGCAUCCCAGUGCCAGCAUCUUCUUGAAGCAGUCAGGGCAGUUCGAGUUAGGCUAAAAAACUUGGGUGCUGAGGUCUCACCUUGCGUCCUGGAUUUUUUGAAUAAAAUUGUUAAUAGUUGGGGAGAUGUUGCUGAAACGAUACUUAGAGAUAUUGAAUGUGAUGAUGACUAUGGGGAUGACAGUUCAGCAUCACCUUGUGGUCUUUUCCUAUUUGGUGAAAAUGGAGCAACUCCUGAAAGGUUGCAAAUGGUGGAUGAACAGGCUUUCCAUAAUACAUGCCAUUUUUCUGAUAUUCAUAUCUUGAUUGAGAUGUUAUCUAUACCUUGUCUUGCUGUUGAAGCUUCUCAAACAUUUGAAAGAGCUGUAGCUCGAGGUACAAUUGUUGCCCAGUCUGUGGCCAUGGUCUUGGAAAGGCGUCUCACUCAGAGAUUGAAUUUCAGUGCCAGAUUUGUUGCAGAGAAUUUUCAGCAUGCAGAUGGUUUGGUGGAAGGAGAAGCCAGCAAACAUCUGAGAAUCCCAAGGGACGAUUUCAAUGUUGUUCUUGGCCUUGCUGAGACAUUAGCUCUUUCACGGGAACCUUGCGUAAAAGGAUUUGUGAAAAUGCUGUACACAAUAUUGUUCAAGUGGUUUGCUGAUGAAACCUACAGAGGGAGGAUGCUAAAGAGACUAGUUGAUCGUGCCACGAGUACUACUGAUAAUAGUCGUGAUGUGGAGUUGGACUUGGAUACAUUGGUUUUUUUGGUCUGUGAGGAACAAGAAAUUGUUAAACCUGUUUUGAGCAUGAUGCGGGAGGUUGCUGAGCUUGCUAAUGUUGAUAGGGCAGCUCUUUGGCACCAGUUGUGUGCCAGCGAGGAUGAAAUUAUUCGCAUGCGUGAAGAGAAGAAGGUAGAAAUUUCUAAUAUGGUUCGGGAAAAAGCCACACUGUCACAAAAAUUGGUCGAGUCAGAGGCCACCAACAAUCGACUCAAGUCUGAAAUGAGGGCUGAGAUCGAUCGCUCUGGUCGGGAAAAAAAGGAACUUACUGAACAAAUACAAGAAGUUGAAAGUCAGCUUGAGUGGCUGCGAUCGGAGCGGGAUGAUGAAUUAGCCAAGGUUACUUCUGAAAAGAAGGUUCUUCAGGAUCGUCUGCAUGAUGCCGAAACACAGCUCUGUCAAUUGAAGUCCCGCAAACGGGAUGAAUUAAAGAGAGUGGUCAAAGAGAAAAAUGCUCUUGCUGAAAGGCUAAAGAGUGCUGAAGCUGCACGGAAAAGAUUUGAUGAGGAACUGAAACGUUAUGCCACAGAGAAGGUGACUCGGGAGGAAAUCCGACAAUCACUGGAGGAUGAAGUUCGGAGAUUGACACACACAGUUGGGCAAACUGAAGGAGAAAAGAGGGAGAAAGAAGAGCAGGUUGCUAGAUGUGAAGCAUAUAUUGACGGAAUGGAGUCCAAAUUGCAGGCCUGCCAGCAAUAUAUUCACACCCUGGAGAAUUCACUUCAAGAAGAAAUGUCGAGACAUGCUCCUCUUUACGGUGCUGGGUUGGAAGCUCUAUCAAUGAAGGAGUUGGAGACGAUAUCUCGUAUCCACGAGGAAGGCCUCAGGCAGAUCCAUGCUCUCCAACAGCGUAAGGGUAAUCCAGGUGGCAGUCCUCUAGUGAGCCUCCCGCACAAUCACGGGUUGUACCCUGCUGCUCCACCUCCAAUGGCAGUUGGAUUGCCUCCCUCACUUAUCCCAAAUGGUGUCGGAAUCCACAGCAAUGGUCACGUAAAUGGUGCGGUGGGUCCCUGGUUCAGCCACACUUAGAUUCAUAUUCACAAUGUUUUUGAGUUAUUUCUGGGCAUUUUAACUGGUAGGAACUGUAUGGAACGCUUGAAAGAAAGAAUAAUACAAUCUCGGGUGAGAGAUGGAGAGAGAAAAGGAAGAGAGGGCGGUCCUCACAGUUGCAAAUGCCCUACUUAUUUUGCUUCUCUUUGAUAUAAGUUAAUUAUAGGCAUCUGAAAAGUUUUGCUGA